GCACAUGUGAGUGUGGUGCGGUGGAGCGAUGGCUGACGAGACGCUGCAGUUUCAUGAAAUGGGCUUAGACGACCGUCUUUUAAAGGCGGUCGCGGAUCUGGGUUGGUCCCAGCCCACUCUGAUCCAGGAGAAGGCCAUCCCUCUGGCCCUGGAGGGGAAAGACCUCCUGGCUCGAGCCCGGACCGGGUCCGGAAAGACCGCUGCUUACGCUAUACCCGUCAUCCAGCGCAUCCUGACCUCCAAGCAGAGCGUUCGUGAGCAGGACGUGCGAGCUCUGGUCCUGGUUCCAACCAAGGAGCUGGGUCAGCAGGUUCAGACCAUGAUGAGACAGUUGACGGCGUUCUGCUCCAGAGACGUCCGGGUGGCCGACAUCUCCGGAAAGGCUGAUCUGUCGGCUCAGAGACCGAUCUUAAUGGAGAAGCCUGACGUGGUCGUGGGGACGCCGUCCCGUGUGCUGGCCCACCUCAACGCCCAGAACCUGGUCCUGCAUUCGUCCCUUGAGACUCUGGUGGUAGACGAGGCCGACCUGCUCUUCUCUUUCGGGUUCGAGGCAGAUCUGAAGAACCUGUUGUGCCAUUUGCCGAAGAUCUACCAGUCGUUCCUGAUGUCCGCCACUCUCACCGAGGACGUUCAGGCCUUAAAGGAGCUGCUGCUACACAACCCUGUGAUCCUGAAGCUUCAGGGCUCUCAGCUCCCGGACAGCAGCCAGCUGCAGCAGUACAGCAUCAAGUGCGAGGAAGAGGACAAGUUCCUGCUCAUCUACACGCUGCUGAAGCUGCGCCUGGUUCAGGGGAAGACGCUGGUGUUUGUGGGAGCAGUGGAGAGAUGCUACAGACUGAAACUGUUCCUGGAACAGUUUGGCAUCCCCGCCUGCGUCCUCAACUCCGAGCUGCCGGUUCACUCCAGGUGUCACAUCAUCACCCAGUUUAACCAGGGCUUUUACGACUACAUCAUCGCCACAGACGAACAGAGUUUGGCCGAUCCCACCGCAGCUCCGCAGGCGGCCGCGGGCAAAGGGAAGAAGAAGAAGAGCGCGGAGAAAGGAGGAAAGUCCAAGGACAAAGAGUACGGCGUCUCCAGAGGCGUUGAUUUCCAAAAUGUCGCCAACGUCAUCAACUUUGAUUUCCCCGCCACCGUGGAGUCCUACAUCCAUCGGGUCGGGAGGACGGCGAGAGCAGACAACUCGGGCACGGCUCUGUCCUUCAUCUCCCACACGGAGCUGGGUCUGCUGUCGGAGGUGGAGGAGGCGCUGACAGGAGAAAACGGUGAAUCUGUUCUGAAACCUUACGAGUUUAAGAUGGAAGAGAUCGAAGGCUUCAGGUACAGGUGCAGGGACGCCAUGCGCUCGGUGACGAAGCAGGCGGUGAGGGAGGCCAGACUGAAAGAGAUCAAACAGGAGCUGCUCAACUCAGAGAAACUCAAGACGUAUUUCGAGGAUAACCCCAGAGACCUGCAGCUGCUCAGACACGACAAAGACCUCCACCCUGCUGUGGUCAAACCCCACCUGAAGAACAUCCCUGAGUACCUGAUUCCUGAGACGCUGAAGGGCGUGGUGGAUCCGCUGUCCAGCAGGAGGAGGAGGAAGAGGAAGGAAAAGUCGAAACCUGAGGGAGUCGUCAAGAGCAGUUUCAAGAAGAACAUCCAGGGGAAGAACCCACUGAAGAGUUUCAGAUACACCGGCGGGAGGAGCAGGAAGGGUAAAGCAGGCCGCUCAUAGCUGCAGCUGCAGUUCACGUCACAUGACCGCGCCUCAGUCCUGGAUGUUAAAACUGUGCAGAGACACUGACCGGGAGGACGUUUGGUCUCCAUGUCGGCACAGGUGAGACAAAUACAAACUGUACGGACUCGGUUCGGAGGGUUAACGGGCCACGGACGAAAUGGACGUACGCUGACUUGACAGAAGAAUCAGUUUGAACCUGAUGACAUGAGACAGUAUCCACAUUAUCUCUUUUCUAAAGCUUCUAUUCUUGAAACAUUGUUUAUUAAAAUAAAA